GAGCUGUCCGUGUUUCGAUCGCGCUGCAACGAUGUGGAAAAUAUUGUGUCCGCUCUUGCUGAUGCUUUUCACGUUUAACUACUCGUCGCGCGAUAGGUUCGUUCAGGCCGAGCCGAUCCGGACGAGCGGCGGUCUCGUUCCCCGGGACGAUGAUCAGAAUCAUCGGGAGGAAAUUCGGAAGCGAACAGAAGUCAAGAACGACCCCCCACGAUUCUCGAUCUACGAUGACGAAAAUUCAAGCGAGCGGCUAGGAAGUUGGCGGAAAAAUGGCGGGGCUAUAGAGCCAAAAUGGAGGGACGGCGACACGGUUCCGUUGCUUCCAUUUUCUCAACUACCGCGCUACUCCGAGGACAAACUGGAAAACAGCGAAGAGGAUUCCAUUCAGCAAGGCUCAAAGUACAAAAAUAAUAGAGGAAAAGAUCCUCCAUUUUCACGGAACCAUGAACGAAUCCCACACACCGACUAUAGAGAUUACGAAUCGAUUGACGGGAAAUACGGAAACAGGAAAGAGGAAGUCCUGCCGCGACGAAGAAACAAUCGACCAGUGAAUACAUUGAAUCCCCAAGAAGCAAGCAAUAGGAAGAAGACAGAACCCGAAGACCUAACAGAAUAUAGAGAGCUAACUUCGACGAAGUACCGAGAAGCCUUCCAAGUGCGUCCAAACGAUUACGAGCACGAGUUCGAUGACGAGGAAUACUUAAAGCCAAGACCAAGAAAAAGGCGACCUCCUCAAAACUACGAGUUUGCCCUAGCAGAGAACGAGACCUCGAGAACGGAAGCUACCGGAUCCUGGUCUCGGCUAGGCGCCCAACCAGUUUCCCCGGAAUCGGAAUCCAGGCACCAGUUCGUGCAGAAUGCGAUGGAGUUGAAGUCCUUGCUGAAGAUGCAGCAGGAAGAGGGUUUGAGCUUGUCGGAACUGUUACAGAGGAGGAACCUAACACUGAAUGAUCUUCUUAAAGGCAGAGCUGACGCGAUCAACGCUCUUAAAUCGAAAGAUCUCGACACCGACGACUACGUUGAUGAGACGACAACCGUAGCGCCAGUCGCUAAGCCGACCACAAAAAGGCCGCUGCAGGCCAGCACGGAAUCCGUUAGACUGAAGAGUUCAUCGAAAGACGGAGUAAUCUCGAUCAUGCCGGUAAUGGUCGAUCUACAUGAAAACACGACCGGUUCGAAGUAUUCGAGUAGGACACGUUCAGGACAAUCAACGACCGGAAAAUCGUUGAGCACGGAACCCCCGCGGGCUAAGGGAACGCCUGCGGCGGCCAUUCCAGCCUCGGUUACGACAUCGAUGCCGUUCCCCGUUGCGACCAAUUCCAUGGAAUUGAUGCGAACCGACGAGACCACUGGGAAACUGCAAAUCAACGGUGGGGUCAAGACUGAUGGGUUGGAUGAGGACGAGAUUAUGGAAUUCUCCGAUUUCCCUGAUUACAAGAACGGCCGAAACGCGAUGUCCCCGAUGUGGCUGACGGUAAAGGACAACAACGGCGAAUCGCCGGAACUAGUUCGGGAAAGUUACGAAGACAGAGGAUCGACGUUAAGCAUCGAGCAACUCCUGAACCCUACGGAGCGUUCGAAGGCACCCUUGGAAGAUGAAAAAAAGGUAAACAUGGAAGACGAUGUGACCGCCCGACAGCCUGAAAGAGAGGAUUAUAAUAUGUACAUGGAGCACGAGUACCAGGACGAUGCAUCGGCGGUUUAUCAGGAUCACAGUAUCGAAGUUACGACUUCCACUGAUGUGGUUGAUCAAGGCAAAACCAUGAUGGAGAAGAUAGAGUCUGUGCUGGAUUCGUUGUCUGGCGAGAAUUUAACGAAGAAUCACGACACGGUUUCUAUAGAAGCUGAUCACACAUUCAACAGUCAUCAGGAUGUGAAUGCUACCGCGAAGAAGAGCUACGAAGACGUUAUAUCCGAAGUGGAGCCAGAGGCAAGGGCAGAGAUCUUCGAGUUGUUUGCAUCUGGGUCCGCAGGUAAACGAUUGGAGAGACUGCUAAAGUCUAGGAACAUGAGUCUGGAAGAAUUAAUCGCGCUGAGGCAGAGAGGCUCUAGCAAGGUUCACUUGGCUGAAGUGUCGCGGAUCAAAGUGCAGAAGUUGAACGACGAAGGCAAAGACGGAAAGAACUCGGAAUCAACGACUUUGUCGUUUAAAGAAACUGGUGCUGGGGAAGCAAGAGAAAUUGACAAUAGCUAUGAUAAGAGAAUCAAUGACUACAUGACAGGGUCCUAUGGAAACGCAACUAACUCGGAGUCCAAUCCGGUGAAUUAUAUUCAGCAGGAAGAAAUCACUACUACACAAACGUUCUCCAACACUGCAACCCCAAUGGUCAAAGAUGAAGUUACCUCUGACGAGAAAGAGAAGAUAGGAGAGCGUCGUGCAGUGCAAAUCAUCGAUUUGUUGACAACCUUCGACUCACUGCCGUUCGCGAAGGACAUUCAGAGAAGCUUCGCUAGUGAAUUCAAUAAGGAAGAGAAGAGAUUCCCUGAAAAUAGUAACGAUCUUGGUGUGGUAUUUAUAAAUAAUCAAGUAACUGGUGGAGUUAAUGAUACUACGAAUAUGAUUCAAUCCGGGUUCGUAAAAGAGGUUGUGAAACAGGAACCAAAUUCCAUUGAUAUUCGAACGGUCUACACUGAAACGGACGUUUUCAGUGAAGACGAGGACAAGAAUGAGAAGGGAAAAACUCUGUCGAAAAUAAGACCGAGCAUAAUAGCGAGUGGAGCGAUUCUUGGUGUGACUAUCGUCGUUUUCUUGGCCAUAUUUAUUAUAUGCAGGAUCAAACAAAAGCAGAAGUACAGAUACAGGAACACCUUCUCCAGAGCUGUGUUUCAAGGACCUAUGUUGGCUGCGAGAAAACUAUCGAAUUCGAGCAGUCUGAGCACAGUCAUGGUGAACGUAGUUGCCACCUCGACAACCAAGAGGCCAGAGAAAAGCGAUACCAUACAACAUACUGGGGAAAUGGAUUCUAAAAGUGAUAUCGACAAUGACUCUUUGGAUGCCAACGAUAGUUGGGAAACCAUACCUGAUUACAUGAAAUAAUAAUUCAAAGAAUUUGUUUUGAAACCUUGGUACAUAACAGUAUUCUCGCAAUCAAGUGAAAUUCAAUUUUUCACGUGUAUAGAAACCAUUUCCAAAGUGAAAGAUAGAUUCAUAGAUUGAUCACUGCAUUAUUGACUGCGAUGUAUCUA